GAUGAGGAAGAAAGCCGAAGCUGACAGCUGACUCUUUCCAGCACCCCAGGAAAAGACCAGGCUUGUCCCCCCACUUCACACUGCCCUCGAGGGUUGAACCCUGGAUCUGUCUCCCCAGAUCCUUGACCCUCGGCUAUUGCUCUCCAGAUCCAGACUCGGAUUGCUAAUGAAAAGUACCUAAGGUCCCACAAAGAAGUGGAGCUGCUCAUAAGCGGUUUCUUCAGGUAAAGAAAAGUUAAGCUUGGAGAGAUGAAGCACAUUCCUCAAGUUGCUGACUUAGGAGUCAACCCCCUGGUUCUUAUAACAAUAAAGAAUGGCAGAGCUCUGAUCCUGGGGAGCGCAAAGUCCGAGCUGGGCAUGGUUGUGGCAGGAAGAUUGGGAACAAACACUGAACACCUGAAUUAUACAGCAUGGGACCCCCCCCAGACACCCCUGGGUGCUCACCUGGACCAUGAGGAUAGAAAGGUCAAUACAACCCAGCUUCGAACCUCAAGAGAACUGUUUCUGAGAAGACCAGACAACAUCCUAGAAUUUGCUGCAGACUAUUUCACGGAUCCAAGACUUCCCAACAAGAUUCACAUGCAGCUAAUUAAAGAAAAGAAAGCAGCUUAAUUAGCAAAACCACAGUGCUCAGCUGUUGGAGAGACCAGCCGGCUAGGGGUCAUCUGGAGGCCUGAGAGCCCUGUUGUCAUCAGUGUGAGCUGUGUGAGCUGUCUGCUAUUGCAAAGACUUUAAAGAUCCUCAUUAGA